AUGGACACAGGAGCAAGACAAAAGAAGACAGAUGAUCUCUAUGAAAAUGUUGAUGCUAUGAGAGGAAGUGAUUGUGUGAAGAUCAGAAGCUCCAGAUCAGCUGCAGUGUGUUUGGUUCUGCUGUGUGUUCUUCUGCUGACUGCAGUCAUAGUACUGUGUGUCUUCUUCACUCAAGAGAGACAACAGCUCAUAUCCAAGAAUGAAAACCUGAUCACUGAGAGAGAGCAGCUAAUACUCAAGAACACAAACCUGACCAAUGAGAGAGAGCAGAUAAUAUCCAAGAUUGAAAAUCUGACCAAUGAGAGAGAGCAGUUGAUACUCAAGAACACAAACCUGACCAAUGAGAGAGACCAGCUGAGAAAUGAACUUCAGAUUUGUGUUGGGUGGACUUGCUAUCAAUCCAGUUUUUACUACAAGUCCAAUGAGCAGAAGAACUGGACUGAGAGCAGGAGAUACUGUACAGAGAGAGGAGCAGAUCUGAUCAUCAUAAACAACAGACAGGAACAAGAUUUUGUUAAGAACAUGUCUGGUGCUGCUAUAUUUUAUAUUGGUGUGACUGACAGUGAUGUGGAGGGCACAUGGAAAUGGGUUGAUGGCAGCACACUGGGCUCUAGUUUCAGCUCCUGGGCGUCCUAUGGACAAAUAACAGAGCCAAAUGGAGGAGGAUCAGAGAACUGUGCUGUGACUGUGGCUAAACCUCCACCAGAGUGGACUAAUUUAGUAGGGUGGAAUGAUGUUCCAUGUAAUAAAGCUUAUCAAUGGAUCUGUGAGAAGAGGAUUUCACAAAUCAAACUGCCAUAGAAACAUCACACUCCUUUUUGACACAAGUUCAACAGUACAAAACUUGUAAUAACUUCUCAUCUAAAGCAGUAUUUCUCAACCUUGUACCCAGCAAAUGCCUACAACUGCACAUUUUGAAUAUUUCCUUUGUCAGACACCCAUUUCAUGUGCUGGAGUUUCUUCUAAUGAGCGGAUGAGUUGAGUCAGGUGUGUUUCAUUAGGGAGACAAACAAAAUGUUCAAAAUGGGACUCCAGAAGUGUGUUUAAUUCAACCAGAAAUGUCUUGCAAGUAAACAUAACAGAGUAUUCUGCCAUAUAAGAGAGAUUCCAGUCUUCAGUUAUUAUUUGAACAUUAUUCAGUUAUACAGCACCAAUCAUUGCAAGUCACUCCAGUAGUUAACCGUCUGGGGUCUGAGGGGGUUUUGGGGCCCUGGAGAAGUUUUGACACGUCCUGACAUUUCUGCCUUUUUCAGUAUCUUAAAAACAUAUUAAUGUCUAAAGUCUGAUUACACUGUAAUCAGCACAAACUGGGCUACAAUAAUAUGUGAGCUGCAUGAAAGUACAUGUUUGUGUUUUUGAGAAAACAACGUUUAUGUGUGGUUAGUGAAAACUAAAAAUUUUAAGUCACUGAAUUAAGGCCAUAAAACACAUACAGAACAUUUGUUCACAAGACUUUUGAGAACUGGAUCUUGGUAGACUACAGUUUUUGCUA